GCCGCGAAGCGUUCUCCAGGGAACAGCAGCAGCAGUUCCGCAGUUUUGCUGUGUAUGUAUGUACAAGCGGUGCGGGUGUACACCUACAUGAAAUUAAACUUGAAAGAACGAAAAUUUAAUCAAAUAUGUGCUCUAGAAAGGUUUUGUAAAUGAAAGUGAAACGUAGAAAAAUUUGUUCAUGUGCCUGAGGGAUUAUUUCUCCAUUAUUUUAAGAAGAAAAAAAUCACGGACUGAACAAUUUAAUGCUAUUUACCGGGAUUGAAGAAAUGCGGCUUCUCUACCUUGUCGCAGUUGUGCUGUGCUGUCUAAUCCUAGACACACAGCAGCUACCUCAGACAACGAUACAUGCAAUAAAUGAGGAGCAGCAGCCGCGUGAAGCAUAUUUUAAUGGCACAGCAUCACUGAGGCUAGCAUCGACGGUCUCAGUUCAUCGCCACAGUGGUUUGAGCUUCAGAACUUGUGAUGGCGGAAGAUUAUUCCUCCAACGGUACAAUGACAAUGAAAUAAGUCUUGACGUCACACCGGAUGGACUGAUAUUCACGGCCAUUAUUGAGAAACAAAAAUAUGAAGCAAAACUCAGCGCUCGAUUACUUAAUAAUGUAUGGCACAAUGUAAAUCUAUUCUUCAGACUUGGCAAUCUCACGCUUACUGCAGCUGGACAUACACAGAUUGUUGCUAAUGCCACAUAUAAUUCAGCGAUUCUCAUGCUCUCCGACUACAACGUAAAUGGCACGUUGAUAGUCGGCGAAGGCUUCAAAGGAUGUAUUCUCCAGGGACCCGGAAUUCUCUUCAACAAUACUGUCAAUUACGGUGCUGUACUCGGUACCUGUCCUUCGGAUACUAGAGGAUGUGGGCCGAAUAGCCUUGCCGGCAGUCUCACUGCAGCGACGUCUGAGAUGGAUUUUUGUCAUCACGAGCCAUGCAUGAUGCAUGGAAAAUGCGUAUCACGACAGGACCGUUACGAGUGCCAGUGUUACGCCAGAUAUUCUGGCAAAAACUGUCAAAUUGACAAUGGUUCUCCGUGUAAAAACAAUCCCUGCAAAAAUUCGGCAACAUGCAGUGAAGAUGAUAAGGGCGAUUACACGUGCAUCUGCCCACCUGGUUGGACUGGACAUCUGUGUGAUUCACAAUUGGGUGUUCGUUUUUGUAAAGAGAAUCCAUGUAAAAAUAAGGGAGUCUGUCUUGUUAUGAGCGAUACCGAAUACAAAUGCGAAUGUCCAUCAGGAUGGACUGGAAAAACAUGUGAAAUUGAUGUAAACGAGUGUACAUCAAAUCCAUGUAAGAAUGGAGGAAUUUGCAUUGAUGGAAUGGAUAAUUAUACCUGUAGAUGUGAAAGUACAGGGUACGAAGGAAAAAACUGUGAGGUGAAUAUCGAUGAGUGCUUGAACAACAAUCCUUGCUUGAACAAGGGAAAAUGCUAUGACAACUAUGGUGGAUAUGUCUGUCACUGUCCCGAGGGUUUUGAAGGCCAAAAUUGCGAAUUAAAUCUGAAUGAGUGUUUGUCUGGUCCCUGCAAAAAUGGAGGAACUUGUGUCGAUGAUGUGGGUACAUAUCACUGCAAUUGUAUAUCUGGAUAUGCUGGCCAUCAUUGUGAACGUCGUAGUUUAUGUGAGAAUGCAGCAUGCCCACCGAACAGCAUCUGCUUGGAUAUUAAUGGAGAGCCACAGUGUGUAUGCAAGCCUGGUUUCAUGGGUAAUCCACCCAAUUGUAGUGUUAAUUACUGUGCCAGCAAUCCAUGUGUCAAUGGGGGCACCUGUACAAGUGAUAACGAUGGAUACAAUUGCACCUGUACAGCUGAAUGGAAAGGAUCAUCCUGUCAUAUACCUGUGUCUGACUGGUGCUCCGUAUGCUAUAACGGUGGCACAUGUAUUGAAACAAAUUAUGGUACAAUGUGUCAAUGUCCAAGAUUUUGGACUGGUCCGCAGUGCAAGGAACCAGUGACAUGUCGCGAUCUACCAUGUAGGCAGGCAACCUCCUGUCAUGAUUAUCCGGGAGGUUAUUAUUGUAAUUGUGAGGCUGGUUGGACUGGGCCUGAAUGUGCCGUUGAUAUCGACGAAUGCACGAGUGAUCCUUGCCGUAACGGAGGAAUUUGCAUUGAUCAGAUCAAUACGUAUUGGUGCCAAUGUCUGCCUGGUUAUACUGGUAAAAAUUGUCACGUCAAUGUAGACGAGUGUCUCUCCCAGCCUUGUUUAAAUGGUGGCAUCUGUAUUGAUGGAAACAAUGGUUACACAUGUAACUGCACCCAGGACUACAUGGGCGAUCACUGUGAACGCGAGUACGACGCUUGUGCAGUAAAUCCUUGUAAUAACAACGGUACCUGUACACUCUUGUCUCGCUCAAAACGGGACUUUGUGUGUGACUGUCCCCAAGGUUUUGAGGGAAAAAUGUGCCAAGUCAAUAUUGAUGAUUGCAUAGGAGUAGUUUGCCCCGGUGAUAAUAAGAUUUGUGUCGAUGGUAUUGGGGGAUCAGAGUGCAAAUGUAAAGAUGGAUAUAGAGAGCCCAACUGUACAUUAAUUAUAGACCAUUGCAUCAAUAAACCAUGUCAAAAUGGUACCUGUAUUGAUUUGGCUGAUGAGGGUUAUCGUUGCGAUUGUAUACCAGGAUUUACUGGUAUUGAUUGUGAUAGUGAUGUUAAUGAGUGUGAAAUACUGGGCAAUGCAUCGUGCAACAAUGGAAUCUGCGUCAACACAUUGGGAAGCUACAAUUGCUACUGCAGGCCAGGAUUUUCCGGUGAUCAUUGUGAUGUUGAUAUAAAUGAAUGCCUCUGUGGUCCGUGCAAGAACAAUGCCACUUGUAUUGAUAAAAUAAAUGCAUUUGAGUGCCUCUGUCCACCUGGAUACGGUGGAAAAACAUGUCAAGUUGAUGUCAAUGAAUGUGAGAGUAAUCCGUGCAAAAAUAAUGCAGCAUGUAUUGAUCAAAUAGCUGCUUAUACUUGCAUAUGCACUCCUGGCUUUACUGGACACAAUUGUGAAACAAAUAUCGACGACUGCUAUUCUCAACCAUGCCUCAAUCAUGGCAAAUGCAUCGAUGGAAUUAAUAAUUACACUUGCGACUGUUUGGACACUGGCUUUGAGGGUCCACAGUGUGAAACUAAUAUCGACGAGUGCCUAUCCAAUCCUUGUAUUAAUGAGGGAAUUUGUCUAGAUGAUAUUAAAAUAUACAAAUGUCGAUGUUAUCCCGGCUAUGCUGGACAUAAUUGUGAAAUUGAUAUUAAUGAGUGUGAGAGCUCACCAUGUCAAUACAAUGGCACAUGUUUAGAAAGAUCUAAUAAGGAAUUGUAUAAGAGUAAUGCCAAAACUCUACCAGCUAUAUUCACUCAAGAAUUUAGUUAUGCUAAUGCAAGUGGAUAUGAGUGCCUUUGUGUUCAAGGAUUGAUUGGUAAAAAUUGUGAAAAAAAUAUAAACGAGUGCGAGAGCAAUCCAUGUUUAGCUGGCACUUGUAAAGACAAAAUUGGUGGAUAUACGUGUGAAUGUGAUGAAGGAUUUGAGGGGGAUCAUUGUCAGCAUGAUAUUGAUGAGUGUAUGAGAUAUCAACCAUGCAUUCAUGGAAGCUGUAUAGAUGGUCGGGCUGAUUAUUUUUGCAAUUGUCAGGCAGAAUAUGGUGGAAAAAAUUGUUCAGUUAAACUCAUUGGAUGUCAGGGAAAUGCCUGUCAAAAUGGUGGUACAUGUUGGCCUUAUUUGUUUAAUGAUACCGAGCACAGAUUCAACUGCACUUGUCCAAAUGGUUUUCACGGUGAUACAUGCCAUCAUAUUACAACAAUGUCUUUGAGCGGAAGUUCAUAUGUUAUGGUAAAUACCACUAGAGACGAGGGAUAUGAUAUACAAUUUAGAUUUAGAACAACAUUACCAAGUGGUUUACUUGCAAUGGGUAAGGGGACAACUUUUUAUAUUCUUGAAUUAGUUAAUGGUAAAUUGAAUUUACACUCUAGUAUACUCAACAAAUGGGAGGGAGUUUUCAUUGGUAGUGGAUUAAAUGAUGCCAAAUGGCAGAGAGUUUUUGUUGCUAUAAAUGCAACACAUUUGGUACUAUCGGCCAAUGACGAACAGACCAUUUAUCCAAUUAAUCUUAAUGAGAGCCCCUCAGUUUCACCAACAACAUUUCCCACAACUUAUGUAGGUGGUACAAUAAGAUAUCUUCAAAAAUUAGCCCACGGACCACAUCUCUUUGUCGGUUGCGUUGAAGAUGUUGUUAUUAAUGGCGAAUGGAUUUAUUCUGGAAUGGAAUCUGAUUCUGUUCUAAUGGAUCAUAUUGAAGCCGCCUGCCCUAGAGAAGAACAGUGCUCUCCAAAUCCAUGCAAAGCCGGUGGCCACUGUACAGACAGAUGGCGAGAUUUUUUUUGCCAAUGUCAACGUCCUUAUCUCGGCCAUACAUGCCAGUACAAUAUGACAGCCGCUACAUUUGGCUAUGAAAAUAUAACCAAUGGUUAUGUUACUGUUAAAGUAUCUGAUACAGCUAGACGAGCAGUUAGAACAAUUCUUGAUAUUUCAAUGUUUAUUAAAACACGACAACAGCGUGGUGAUAUUUUUUAUCUUGGAUCUGAACCAAACUCACCAUCAUCCACCUCACAGUCACAGUCACAACCACAACAUGUGCAGGAUAAUACUUAUAUAGCUGCUCAAUUGGAAGGUGGACAGCUUGUAGUUAGAAUGCAAUUCAAUGAAACAGAAGCAUAUACUGUUGGGGGUGUUAAACUUAAUGAUGGAAAUAAUCACUUGAUUCAAGUCAUAAGAAAUAUGACACUUGUUCAAGUGAAAAUCAAUGGUAGUGAAUACUUUAGAAAAACUAUUGGCACAACUGGACCACUCAAUAUCACUGUUUUAUAUCUUGGUGGACUUCCUCAAACAUCUAGAUACAUUAGACAAGUCGAUACUAGACAAACAUCUGCAAUGUCUGAUAUACAGCUGAUGAUACCACCCCAAGUGAAUUUUAAGGGAAUUAUUCAAGAUGUACAAAUUUCCAAUGGCAUUGAUAUUAUGGUUGUUGAAUUUUAUCCACUUAAAGCCAAAGACAUUCCUAAACCCAUUCAAUUUGGCAAUGUCUCAUUUGAUCAUGAUAAAGUACUUGCAGGAAUUAUUUCUGAUAAUGUUUGUGAAAGUAAUCCAUGUUUUCAUAAUGGCACAUGUCAUGUUACGUGGAAUGAUUUUUGGUGUCAGUGUCCAAGAGGCUAUACUGGAAAAACAUGCCAAGAAAUGGAAUUUUGUCAAUUACAAGACUGCCCCACUGGCUCUAAAUGUCAAAAUUUAGAUGGUGGAUAUGAAUGUAUUGCUAAUGCAACAUUCAACGGUAAUAAUACAUUAUUUACUUAUGUCUAUGAGAAUCAUCACAUGUCAUCAAAUGGGGAAAAUAGUAGUAAUAAUAAUAAUAAUAAUAAUAAUAAUAAUAAUAAUAAUAAUAGUGAUGAUAUUAUAUCACAAGUGAAUAUUGAAACUAUUGAAAUAACAUAUAGAUCCAACUUGGGAGGCACUAUAAUGCACAUAUCUCCAUUAACUUACAAAAAUGAUAAUCACAAUAAUCGACAACGGAUCGACCAUCAACAUUUCACUAUUUCCGUUUACAAAGAUAUUGUCACUGUUGCCUGGAAACUCACUAUGCACAAUCAAGACACCCUGACUCUUGGUAAAGAGCAUCCUGAUGGCAAUUGGACAUCUAUUCUUAUUCGACUCAACACUAAUUCAAUAAUAUGUGGAUUUAAAAAUGGAAUUGACGAAACACCUACGCAAACAAGUUUGAAAUUUAAUUUUUCCCAGUGGUAUGAAUUACUAACGUCUGGUACUGUUACACUCGGUGGAUUGUCUCAUAAUUAUUGGAAUAUUAACAGCUAUAUAAUAACGGACAAUAAUUCACUAUCUGUUGACUAUAUAACCGAAAGAAAAUUGCUUUUGACAACUUCAGUGCCAAUGCAGGAAAUUAUUUCAGCCGAGCCCUUCAAGGGUUGCCUCGGUGAAGUACGAAUAGGUAGCAUGCUCCUCCACUAUUUCACCUUCGAUCAAGUAUAUGGUAAUGCCAAUUUUACACCAGUUGAAUAUCUCUCAUUGCAAGUUAUUGCAAAUUAUAAUAAUAACAACUCAACGGCCAAAAACAAUGAGAUCAUUGGCUGUCGAUUGUGUUUCGAGGAAGAUUGCCAAAACAAUGGCCAUUGCUUGGAUAAAUUCAACAGUUAUGUCUGCCAUUGUCCAGCUGGCUAUGCUCAAGACAAUUGCUCAGAGGAUAUUGAUGAAUGUCUCGUUAAUAAUUGCCAGAAUAAUUCAACCUGCGUCGAUGGAAUUGCCAACUACACUUGCAUUUGUAAUAAAGGCUGGCAGAACUCGCUUUGUGAUAAAGACAUCAACGAAUGUGUUAUAAAUAGUCCAUGUCAGCAUGAUGGUGUCUGUGUCAAUCUGCCAGGCUCAUUCAGAUGUGAGUGUCCAGAUCAAUUCACUGGGGAUUCCUGUCAAGAUUUUAGACUCAUCACAUGUGAAAAUAAUCCUUGCAAAAAUGGCUCGACCUGUUCUGAUAUUAUUAAUAAAGAAACUGGGGAUAAUUUUACAUGUACAUGUAUGCCAGGAUAUGAAGGUACUCUGUGUGAAGAUCCUUAUUGUGUCGUUAAAAAAUGUCAAAAUGCUGGCAGAUGUGAUUUCUUAUAUCAGUCGCCACAGUGCACCUGUCCUUUAGGCUUCACUGGCCAUUAUUGUGAAACAAAUAUUGAUGAUUGUGCUAGUGUACCCUGCAAAAAUGAUGGCCUAUGUAUUGACGGGAUAAAUAGCUUCAGUUGCAAUUGUACUGGAACUGGAUACACUGGAGUUGACUGCGACAGUGAUGUUGAUGAAUGCGCUUCAAAUAGUACAGUUUGCGUUUACGGAAUAUGUGAAAAUCUUGUGGGAAGAUAUCGGUGUGAUUGUAAGCUUGGAUAUUGUGGAUCUGAUUGUAAAACUCUUGAUCCCUGCAAUGAAGAUAUUUGUAAGAAUGGAGGUACCUGUGUAUGUGAUGAAAAUAAUGGAUACUUUUGUCAAUGUGCUGAUGGAUACAUUGGGCAGAAUUGUACCGAGUCUGAGCAUCUAUUGGGAAGUCCAGCAUUGGAUAUUGCCGUUAUUGUCGGGCCAAUUGUCGGAAUUUUGUUACUCAUUGCUAUUGGUUCUUUAACUGCAUUUUUCAUGAUGGCAAGAAAGAAAAGGGCUACCAGAGGAACCUACAGUCCCAGUGCACAAGAAUUCAGCAAUCCUAGGGUAGAAAUGGAUAACGUUAUGAAACCUCCACCUGAAGAGAGAUUGAUCUAAUUUUUUUAAUUAUCGAACUAGUUUUUUUUUUCUUUUUCUUACUUCAACUAGUCGAUAGUCACUACCAUAUAUGAUAUAGGUAUAUGGUACUAUUGGAUUUCUAAAUUAUAGUAAUUUAUAAACAUGUUUCUUUCUUGUGCUCUCAUACGAUAUCUAGUCCUCAUUGCAUUAUCACACGGAAGGACUUUUAAGGAAAAAUUUAAGCAAAUCUGCAACGAAAAAAUAUUUCCUAAUUACUGAUAAUUAUAGACAAUAUAUUUUGACGAUGUAUGUCAUGUGCUGAUUUUGAUAAAUGCCUAUCCAAGUAUUUUUCUUAAUUUCUUAAAAAACCAAAAAAAGAAAAAAGAAAAGAACAGUGUACUUAACAAAAAGUGUCCUUAAUAAUGUUAAACGAUUCCCGUCCAUUAUUGUGCCCAAUAAGUGUUACAUGUUUUCACUGAUUCAUUUUGGUGAAAACUAAUUGGCAUUGUUUUCUCUCAUUACCAAGUGCAUAAUAACAUUUCAAGGUAUUCCUUAAUUACAUUUUAAUGGCAACUAAAAAGUUAGAUUUUAUCAUAUCGAAACUUGUUCAAUUUGUAAAUAUUACAUUAUUAAUAUUUAAAAAGACUACUUUUCGUAAAAAAAUAUGUAUUUACCUAGAUUUUUAUAAGUAAAAUCGUUCUGAUACUCUUAUCAGUCGGUAGUGAAUUACCGUCACCACCAAAGUAAUUGAGCGAGAAAUUUUAAUAUGAUAUUUCGCAAAUUCAUUAAUUUCUACGUAGAUACUCACUUUUUUAAAUUUCAAUUAUUCUUUGAAAAUUUAUUACUACGCUUAGAGUUGAUGAGUUUGUCCGAUAUAAUUAUGGCAAUUGACAGAAUAAACGAAUGUACAUAUUUAUUAUAAAUAUAUAUUUUGCUAGACUGAAGUGGCAAAAUGGCAAACCAUAGAAAUAUGAGAGUCUAAGUGUUCAAUAAUUUUUUAUUUGCAUUGUAAGAUCAUCGACUAGAAGAUUAUAAACAUUCUCAAUGAUUUAAUGUACAAAUAAAUGAACGUCUGAAAAGUC